AUGCUCCGCGACUUGGUGAUCCAGCGCGUUCGUCCUUCGCAGCCAAGCGAGACCCUCGAAUGGUCCAGUGAUGGCCAAUUGGCGGUUAUUGCUAAUAACACCGCGGUAGUGUUUGAACCCCGGUCUGCCCCAGAGGCCAUUACGAAAUACGCCAAACAGCUCUUCCAGAACCCGUACAAGAUCGACCCGGAACAACUCCCCACUAUCACUGAUGAGAUGGACAUUGACGGAGAAAUCGUCUCCAUAACGCGUAACGCCCCAGACAACGUGGUCACGUCUGUGGGUUGGUCUGAGUCAGGGAUCUCCUCCACUGCUAGCAACUUGCUCGGUAUUCUCACCAACAAACACUACCUCUACCUCUUUGACACCGCGCCAACUGGUGCCGAAGACAGGUUCUACAUGUGCCACAAUAUGACCACGACGUUGCUCGAGGAAAACGGGUUGCAAUCCCCUGAAACGACCCCCACGAUGCAGCAGACCAUAGAAAAGUGCCGAGUCCACUGCUUCUGCUGGUCGCCUGCGAUCCCCCAGAACAUGGCCUUGCCCCACGGCGAAACGUUGCUAGCGGUGGGAAAGGAAGACGGCAGCGUUUCCAUCUACCGUGUAACCAAGUCUGGCGCUACUUUGGUCACAAACGUGCCGCAUUUCGGCUCGCGAUGGGUCGUCCGGUUGUACUGGUCUCCCUGGACCCGGGUACCCCGCUCGUCCACCGUGACCUCGAAUCUCUUGGCUGUGAGUGACCAGAACGCCUUGACCGUGUGCCAAGUUUCCUUCUCCUCCAGCAAAGGCAACCUGGAAGGAUGGCUUUCGACCAGGGCGGCAAAUGUUUCCUCCGAGUCCCGGUUCAUGGUGUCUACCGCUUCCUGGACGGUGUUUAACAACCGAUUGACCUUGGCUGUGGCGUCCAAUACCCUACAGCUCUUCAUUUUCGACCAGCAGGAGCCGGAAAAGUACGAGAAGUACACUGCUCCGUCUGGAACCUACGACACAAUCAGCAGUGUCGUGUGUUUAACGGACAAGGCCGGCUUUUUAAACCUCUUUCUCUACGCGUUCCUGGGAAAGAUUCUCAGGCUCGUUCACAAGCCCUUUGAAAAGGCCAGGCUCUUCUCCAACGACGGGGAGUCCGUGCUUUCACAGGAAUUGGCGGCGAAAGUGAAAAAGUGGAGAAGCGCCAACGACGACAAGGAGCCGUUUGUGAACGUCCACGGUGCGCAGGUUAACCGGUUUUUUGGAAACUCUCUCAUCUUCAUCUACUUUAUCCGAGAGGUGUUCUCGUUGCAGUACAAGACCGAGUCGCAGAUCUCGAGUAAGAUCGCCUUUGUCGACUUGAGUCGGGACUUUGAGCCGUUGAGCGCGUUGGAAACCUUUGAUGAGAAACACAACGCCUCGGCCUCGUGGUACCAGCAAUGGGUGGUUAGAAACAGCAAUAAACUUGCCCCGGUUAAGGCCACCAAACAGGAUAAGACAACCGAGAGGGUGGAAAACCCAGAGCGAGCAAAGUUGGUCAAACAAACCGCUGAGGAUCUUGACGGAUACUUGGCCAAUUACACCAUUGUGGAUGUUAGCGGUACCUCGCCCAAGGCAGGUUUCGAACAGUUUUUGAGUAGAAACUUUUUCCACAACCCUGAACUCACAAAGUUCAGGGUGCUAAACCAUCUCAGAUUUGUCGAGCUCGAGACCGAGGCUGGAGGCUCAACCAUUGACAUGCAGAUUCGCCAGUUCCUCGGGAAAUUGGUGGUCCAUUUUGUAGCAAAGGGGGGGUUCAGGGAGCUGUUGACGUCCAAGUCGGAUAUCUUUGUCUAUGAAAUUUUCCACAAUUUAAUCCACGGGUUUCCGUCCACGGCCAACGCGGUGGAGACGAUGUUUACAAACAAGUUUGUGGAGGAAACAUUCGAAAUCAGCGCAACUAAUAACAACAUCAACGACUUGCACACAAUUGUGUCCAAGUCCGGCCACGCCUGGCCUCGAUGCAAGUUGACCUCCCUUCCGUUGCUCGACUUGAACAACAACACGUGCUCGUCCUGUGGGAAGAAGAUUAUCUUGUUGGAGUCGAUUAACGAAGCUGACAGAGGCUGGUUUACCGAGUGUCUUUUGGAAAUCCUUGAUAUCUGCGUGUUCUGUGGUGGAAGACUCAACUCAAGAAAGUAA